AUCACACUCCUCGAUAUCAAUGACAAUAACCCAGUCUGGAAGGAUGAACCAUAUCUAGUAAACGUAGUUGAAAUGUCUCCAGCAGGCACAGAUGUUAUAUCGGUGCUUGCCUUUGAUCCAGAUCUGGGAUUAAAUGGGACUGUGGUUUACAGUAUUAGCCCUGCAAACAAAUUCUACUCCAUCGCUACUACAACAGGAAAGAUCCGGACAACUGGAGUGGUACUAGACAGAGAGAACCCAAAUCCCACUGAUGCAGAACUCAUGAGGAAGAUUGUUGUAUCUGCUACAGACAGGGGAAAUCCACCACUACGAGCAACAAGCAGUGCCACUGUUGUGGUAAAUUUGUUAGACCUUAAUGACAAUGAUCCGAUGUUCCAGAACCUGCCAACUGUUGCUGAGGUCCUUGAAGGUAUUCCUGUAGGUUCACCUGUGUUUCAGGUGGCAGCACUGGAUCCAGAUGAGAACCUCAAUGGAUUUGUGAGUUAUCAUAUGCAAGUUGGAAUGCCCCGACUGGAUUUUGUAAUCAACACGACGACAGGGCUGAUUAUUAGCACAGCAGAGUUAGAUCGAGAAAGGACUGCUGAAUAUUAUUUGAGAGUGGUAGCAACUGACUCUGGGCAGUUUCCACGAAGCUCUACCGCUACACUGACAGUCAGAGUUCUGGAUGUGAAUGAUGAAACACCUACAUUCUCCCCAUCUGUUUACAACAUUUCUCUGCUGGAAAGUAUACCACGGGAUUCCAGUGUUCUCUCUCUCAUUUGUACAGAUGCAGAUAUUGGUCUCAAUGCUGAACUCAGCUACUUUAUUACAGGUGGCAACCAAGAUGGAAAAUUCAGUGUUGGCUUUAGGAACGGAGUGUUAAAAACUGUGGUAAAUUUGGACAGAGAGACUCAAGCUGCAUAUAAUCUUACAAUGGAGGCUAUAGAUAAUGGCCCAGCAGGAAGUAGAAGAACUGGAACAGCCAGAGUUUUUAUCACCGUUUUGGAUGUUAAUGACAACAGACCAAUCUUUCUGCAGAACAGCUAUGAGGCUACAGUUCCGGAGAAUGUCUCCAUCUCUGCCAGCAUUGUGCAGGUGAGGGCAACUGAUGCUGAUGAGGGAGUGUUCGGCAGGGUCUGGUACAGAAUUAUAUCAGGUGACAAUAAUAAUAACUUUCGGAUUGAUGCCAGUACUGGACUAAUAGUUCGCGGAGUACAACGACUGGAUAGAGAGACAAGAUCAUCCCACGUGUUGGAAGUAGAGGCCUACAACAGUGAUGAAGGAACCAUGAAUAGUGUUGUCCGGGUGAUCGUAUAUGUUGAAGAUGUGAAUGACGAGACCCCAGUAUUCACCCAGCAGCAGUAUAACCGCCUAGAUCUUCGAGAGACUGCAGGGAUUGGAACCUCUGUUACUGUAGUGCGUGCAACUGAUAAAGAUACAGGUGAUGGAGGCUCUGUUGUUUACAGGAUUGUCUCGGGCUCUGACAGGAAAUUUGACAUUGACCAAAGCACAGGUCUGAUCACCACAGUGGAUUACCUAGAUUAUGAAACCAAGAUCAGUUACCUAAUGAACAUAUCGGCCACAGAUCAGGCUCCACCCUACAACAGGGCCUACUGUACAGUCUAUGUCACUCUGCUAAAUGAACUGGAUGAAGCACUGCAGUUCUCAAAUGCAUCCUACGAAGCAGUUAUCAGGGAAAACAUUCCCACUGGAACAGAAGUCCUGAGGGUUCAGGCCCGCUCUAUUGACAACCUUGGUCGACUCAGUUACACGUUUGAUCCUAAUUCUUCUCCUCAAGCUCUGGAGCUCUUUAAAAUUGAUUCCAUCACAGGAUGGAUCACCGUUAAAGGUUUGGUUGACAGGGAGAAGGGAGAGUUUUACCUGCUGACUGUCUUUGCAGAUGAUGGUGGUGUAAAGAAAGACUCAACUGUGAAGGUCUCCAUUACAGUACUUGAUGAAAAUGAUAACAGUCCCAGUUUUGACAUUACAUCAGAAUAUUCUGUAAAUGUACCAGAAGACACCGUUCUGAGGAAACGUGUUGCUAUUGUGCUGGCCAGAGACCCAGAUGCAGGACUUAACGGGCAGGUCAGUUUCUCAAUUGCAGCUGGAAAUAUUGGUGAGACGUUUGAUAUUCGAACAGUAAAUGGCACAUAUGGAGAGGUGAUAACAACAAAAUCCCUGGACCGAGAGCUCAUAGACAGAUACAUAUUGACGAUUCAAGCAUCGGACAGAGGCUCUCCUCCUCGAAAGACCGAUCAUAUAUUAACUGUCAACAUUCUAGAUGUUAAUGACAAUCGUCCAGUAAUUCAGAACCGAAACAGCUACAAUGUUACCAUCAAUGAGAAUGUUGGUGGAGGAACAGCUGUGACACGAGUAUAUGCAACUGACCGAGACAUUGGCUCGAAUAGCUUGCUGUCCUAUUACAUUGUACAAGGAAAUGAGGAUCUUACCUUCCGAAUGGACAGAGUCACUGGAGAAAUAGUCACUCGUCCAUCUCCUCCUGACCGAGAGAGGCAGCAGUUUUAUCAGCUCAGCAUUACUGUAGAGGAUGAGGGCACACCUUCUCUGUCAGACACCACUGUAGUGUUUGUGACCAUUAUUGAUGAGAAUGACAAUUACCCCCUGUUCCGGCAGCAGUUAUAUGAGGUGACCCUUGAUGAAGGACCAUCAACACUUAAUGCAUCCAUCCUUACUGUCAGUGCCACAGAUCAAGAUGAAGGACCAAAUGGCACCAUAAAUUAUGCCAUAACAGCAGGCAACAUAAUAAAUACCUUUUGGAUAUACAGAACAAGUGGAUUAAUCCAAGCUGUUAAGGAACUCGACUAUGAGGUUAGCCACGGUCGCUAUACGUUGGUAAUCACAGCCACUGACCAGUGUCCAAACCCUCUCCGCCGGCUUACUUCUACAGCAACUGUUAAUGUGAAUAUUAAUGACGUUAACGAUGUAAGGCCAGCAUUCCCACGCCCGUAUGAGGGACCAUUUGAUAUUACUGAGGGGCAGCCUGGCCCCAGGGUAUGGACCCUUACUGCAGUGGAUCAAGAUUCCGGCCCAAAUGGCCAGGUGGAAUACAGCAUUAUAGCCGGGGACCCACUGAAUGAGUUUAUAAUUUCCCCUGUGGAGGGAGAGCUGCGAGUCCUAAAGGAUGUAGAACUUGACCGGGAGACGAUUGCUUUCUAUAACCUCACCAUCAUGGCCAAAGAUCGUGGUACACCGCCUCUGAACAGUACUGUUAUGGUGGGUAUACGAGUGCUGGAUGUCAAUGACAAUGACCCAGUGCUUCAGAACCUUCCCCUGAAUACCUCCAUCAGUGAAUAUGCACCCAUCUCCAUGCUUGUCACUCGGGUUAUAGCUACAGAUAUGGACAGUGGCCGGAAUGCUCUGCUGACGUACAGUAUUGCUGCUGGGAAUACAGAAAAUGCAUUCUUCAUCAAUGAAACUACUGGAUUUAUGUAUGUGAAUCGCCCCCUGGACAGGGAGAGAGUAUCGGAAUAUAGAUUGACUGUUACAGUGAAGGACAAUCCUGACAAUGCUCGAAACUCCCGGAAGGACUCUGAUCUCGUAAUCAUCACCAUCUUGGACGAGAAUGACAAUCGACCUAUCUUCACUCAGAAUGUCUAUCAGGCAGAAGUGCUUGAGAACUCUCCUGCAGGUACCACAGUCACUGUGCUCAAUGGUCCUAUCGUAGCUCUUGACAUUGACCAGGGUUCUAAUGCAGCAGUAAUGUACCGAUUAUUAACUACAGUGAUGGACUUCUUUAACAUUGACAGAAACAGCGGUGUAGUUUCUGUGAAGCCUGGAAAAGUGAUUGAUAGGGAAGCACUGGGAAGUGCACGCCUGGAGUUCACACUGGUAGCAGAAGAUAUCGGGAGGCUGAACAGCACAGCAGGCCUGUCCAUCGCUGUACUGGAUGAUAAUGACAACGCACCCAUCUUCAGCCCACCAUUGUUGACCGUCCAUCUCCUGGAGAACAGCCCACCAGGUUUUAGCGUUGUCCAGGUGACAGCAACAGAUGCUGAUAUUGGCCUAAAUGGACAAGUGACAUACCGUAUUGGGGGUGGUGCACUAGACAAGUUCCUGAUCGUCUCUACAACUGGGAUUAUCAGAGUAGCUAAUGUGACAGUGGACAGAGAGGAAAGAGGUUCUUAUGAGCUGACCAUCAUAGCCACAGACAGAGGCACCAUACCUUUCUCUAGUACCUCUACAGUCAGUAUUCUCAUAGAUGACAUCAACGACUCGCGACCAGAGUUUAUAAAUCCUUUCCAGACUGUAACUAUUCCUGAGUCAACUGCAGUGGGCACUUUUAUUGCUGAGGUUCCAGCAACUGACCGAGAUCUUCAGCCUCGUUUGGAGUAUUACAUUAUAGAAAUUUUAGCAAGGGAUGACACAAACAGUCUUGUACCAGAUCAGCAAGGUGCUUUUGGAAUUGACUUCAAAACAGGAAAAGUAUUUGUGAAAAGCCCUUUGAACAGGGAGUUUGUGGCAACUUUUGAGAUUACCAUCGCAGUGUAUGAUAACGCUACUCAGGUUGUUGAUCGUGCCGUCAGUGUUCCAAACGCCAAGCUGACAGUGAACAUUCUGGAUGUCAAUGACAAUGCACCCCGGUUCCGGCCUUUCGGGGUAACUUCAUAUACAGAGAGGAUUCUUGAGGGUGCCACACCAGGGAAAAUUAUUGCUAACAGGACUGUGGAUUAUGAGCAAGUACAGUGGCUGAACUUCACCCUCAAAGCCAUGGAUCGUGGCACCCCACCAAGGUCCACGGAAAUUCCUGUAUAUAUGCAGAUUGUGGAUGUAAAUGACAACAACCCUGUCUUCAACCAGCUCUCUUAUCAGGUAACUGUAUUUGAAGAUAUUCCUCUUGGAACAAGUAUACUGCAGGUCCGUGCUACUGAUGCUGACUCUGGAAACUUUGCAGUGAUUCAGUACAGCCUGGUUGAUGGUGAGGGUCGAUUUGGCAUCAAUCCAACUACAGGUGACAUCUAUAUCCUUGCCCGACUGGACCGUGAGAUCAAAGACUACUACACUCUGACAGCUGUAGCAAAAGACAACCCUGGUGACAUAUCAAGCAGGCGACGAGAGAAUUCUGUGCAGGUGCUUAUCACAGUAAAGGAUGUCAAUGACUACAGGCCUGAAUUUAGCAAGCAGUGGUACAGUACUAGUGUCUACGAGAACGAACCAGCGGGCACAUCUGUUAUAACCAUGACCGCCACAGAUCUGGACGAGGGUGACAAUGCAGUCCUGAUGUACAGUAUUGAUGGGCAGGGGGAUGCCUUCAAGAUUGACCAGAAUACAGGCUUAAUAUCUUCAAAACGUCUACUACAUUCCUACGAGACUUUUAAUGUGACAGUAAUUGCUACAGAUAAGGGACGUCCUCCUUUGUGGGGGUCAACUACAGUUCAUGUGAAUGUCAUUGAUGUAAAUGACAAUCGUCCAAUGUUUGUGCUUCCCCCAAAUGGCACAAUCCUUAAGAUUCCUGAGGAAAUCCCUCCAGGAUCCCUUAUAUAUCAAGUUUUUGCAAUAGAUCGGGAUGAGGGAUUGAAUGCAGAGGUCCGUUAUGCAUUCCUGAAAACAGGGGCUGGUAGUAAAGAUUGGGAGAAUUUCAAUAUCGAUCCUAUCGGUGGAAAUAUCACCACAAGUCUCCGUCUAGACCGUGAGAAGCAAGCCCUAUACAGUGUUGUCCUCUUGGCGUAUGAUUUAGGUCAGCCUAUUCCAUAUGAGACCACCCAACCUCUCCUUAUCUCCUUGAUUGACAUUGACGAUAAUGAACCAGUCUUCCUCAGGCCACCGAAAGGAAGCAUCCAGUACCAGGUUUUGUCAGUGUUAGAGCACUCCCGCUCUGGAACAGUGGUUGGCAAUGUAACAGGGGCAGCUGAUGCAGAUGAAGGAUCUAAUGCGAUUGUCUACUACUUCAUAGCAGAUGGAAAUGCAGAAAAAAAUUUUAAUUUGAAUACAGAUGGCCUUCUACAAGUUAUGAAAGAGUUGGACCGGGAGAAAGUUCCUGUUUACUCUAUCACUGUGAAGGCGUCCAGCAACAAAAACUGGACUCCUCGCAGUAAGGCAGUCUAUGACUCCAGCACUGACCCAACUCUUCAGGAGGUGCGGAUUUAUUUGACGGAUAUCAAUGACCAGCCACCAAGGUUUACCAAGUCAGAGUACACUGCAGGAGUAGCAGCAGAUGCUAAGGUGGGCUCAGAUUUGAUUAAAGUCUCAGCUGUGGAUGCAGACACAGGCAACAAUAGUUUGGUCUUCUACAGUAUCCUGGGAAUACAGUACAUCAAGCUGAACUCUAAUGACACAGAGAUAAAGAACAAUGUCUUCCAGAUAGGUAAACUAGAUGGAAUAAUUCGCACAUUUGAUCUCUUCACAUCUUAUAGUCCGGGUUAUUUUGUAGUGGAUGUUUUGGCAACUGACCUAGCUGGCCAUAAUGACACUGCAAUCAUUGGCAUUUAUAUUCUGAGAGACGAUCAACGUGUAAAAAUUGUUAUUAAUGAAAUCCCAGACAAAGUGCGAGGCUUUGAGGAAGAGUUUAUCAGGUUGCUUUCCAAUAUAACAGGAGCCAUUGUCAACACAGAUGAUGCACAGUUUCACGUGGACAAGAAGGGUCGAGUGAAUUUUGCACAGACAGAUGUUCUCAUUCAUGUAGUGAACCGAGAAACCAACCGUAUCCUGGAUGUGGAGCGUGUUAUUCAGAUGAUAGAUGAAAACAAGGAGCAACUCCGAAAUCUCUUCCGAAAUUAUAAUGUUCUUGAUGUUCAGCCCGCUGUUACUGGAAAGAUUCCAGAUGACCUGACAGCUCUGCAGAUGGCGAUAAUCAUCCUGGCUGUAUUACUUUUUGUAGCUGCCCUACUUUUUAUCCUUAUGAAUUGGUACUACAGGACAGUGCACAAAAGGAAGCUAAAAGCAGUUGUGGCUGGCUCAACAGGAAACCAAGGCUUCAUGGAUAUCCUGAAUAUGCCAAAUACUAAUAAAUACUCAUUUGAAGGAGCAAAUCCCGUCUGGUUGGACCCCUACUGCAGAAACAUGGAGCUUGCAGCUCAGGCAGAACAUGAAGAUGACCUACCAGAAAAUCUGAGUGAAAUCACCGACCUCUGGAACAGUCCUGCCAGAACCCUUGGUACAUUUGGCCGAGAACCUACUGCUGCCAAACCUGAAGAUGACCGCUAUUUGCGUGCAGCUAUUCAAGAAUAUGACAGUAUUGCUAAGCUGGGUCAAAUCAUGCGGGAUGGCCCUAUUAAGGGCUCACUGUUGAAGGUUGUCCUAGAUGAUUACAUGCGGCUGAAAAAACUCUUUGCAGCUCGGCUGGCACACAAGUCCACCUCCGUCAAAGAUGACCAGUCCUCAGUUACAGAGCUAAUACAAAGUGACAUGGAUGAGGAAGAAGAAAGAAGUCCAAGUCAAGGUACAGUGCGAUUUAAACACAAGCAGCCGAUAGAGCUAAAAGGAACAGAUGGCAUCCAUAUUGUCCAUGGCAGUACUGGGACCCUUUUGACUUCAGAUAUCAACAGCCUUCCAGAAGAUGACCAAAAGGGUAUUACACGGUCCUUUGAAACACUUCACACUGAAAGUGGUUUCUAUAAUGACCGUAAUGCAAGGACGGAAUCUGCCAAGUCUACUCCUAUGCACAAGAUGAAAGAAGUCAUUAUGGAGGAGACGCCGCUGGAGAUUACAGAAUUAUGACUAGAAAUGGCCUCGCUGGUGUAGCUGUGCACCAUAAGAAGCUGGCGAAAAGGAACCUGCUGCUACUAACAGACAAUGAGAACAAGGAUGGUACAUUCUGACUACCACUGUGCUUAGACUAAUCGACUGACUUGCUUAGCCUUUUGUGCCAGGAGCCCCUGAGCAGUCCUUUAACAGUGAUAGCCCUGAAAAAUUGCAGUCUAUAUGCUCUUAUUUUAAUAAAAUUAUUAUAAAUGUUAAGAUGAUAUCUUGAGGUACAGAAUGUAUCUCAUUAAAGUGCUCAUUGGUGAUAAAUAUAAAUUAUGUGAGGGGCUGGGUUUUGGAAAUUAACAUAAUACAUGCAAUCUGCAUUGUAGUACUGGUAAGGGUCUUGCUGUGUUAUCCAUCAGUGUUUUAGGCUGGACAUUGCAUUCCAGUCAAAGCUUUAAAUAAGUACUGAGGAGCUUACAGCCACAAUAAAUUAACUGAAAUUAAACCAUGAAUUAUAAAAAGUAUUUAUCAUUUGGUUUGAUCAUUUUCUAUAAUCAUGUUUGUUUCGUUAGUCAGCCUCUCAGAAGAGCAUUUCUUUUAUAUUGUUCUCUUAACAGCAGACCAAAGUGUGUGCAGCUUGCCAGAUGAGGCCAUAUAAUAAAAUAAUGCACACAGGAUUACAAAAAAAAAAUAAAGGGCAUAAAUAUCACUGAACCUCAGUAACAAAAGAACAGUUUUGGUUUCUGAAAUUGUGUGUGCGCUUUUGACAGCUUUGGGACUGUAUGACAUUUUGUAAAGUUUUUUUCCCCCUGACUUUUAGUGAUGUGUUGAGAGUUGUUCACAUGGUCUGUAACAAUAAAAGUUAUAAUGAAUUGGGUUGAUAUUA